UCACCUCCCACAAUGCACCGCUCACAUCGGCUGAGCAGCCAGGAGGAGAACAACGGAGCAGCUACUUGGACCUAAACACCUAAACAAACAGCGAGGACAGCUAGAAGAUAGUAAAAAAAGGGAGUUUUUGGAUAGUUUUUGCUCAUUUUUAAGAUUGUAAGAGAGUUAAAGGACGAAUGCAGCGGUGAUAUCCACUCCUAGCGGCAGCUGGGUGGCGGUGCUAUUAGUAUCAGCUGUUAGCAUUGAGCUGCGUUCAAAGAGGCUGGUAAACAUCAGUUCAGCUGGACACAACACAGACAGACAAACAAAGGAAAGAAAAUUACUUUAAAGUUCAAAUUAAAACCUGGUAUUGCCGAUAGGGACACGCUGUGUCGUGAUAAACAAGUUAGCAGUCAUUAGCUAUUGUUAGGUCGUCUGAGGAUUGACAUCUGUAAAUACUGGAUAGCUUUUAGCAGCUAGAAAACACAAUGAGCACCGAGGCAGAGACUGCAGCGUCCACUAAAACCACUCCAGAGGAUGAUGGCAUGACAUGGUGGUACCGAUGGCUCUGCAAAAUAGCUGGAGUUUUGGGAGGAGUAUCCUGUGCCAUUGCAGGGGUGUGGAACUGUGUCACUGUGAACCCUUUAAACAUUGCUGCUGGAGUGUGGAUGGUGUUGAAUGCCUUCGUGCUGUUCCUAUGUGAAGUCCCAUUCUGUUGCCAGUUCAUAGAGUUUGCUAACGCAGUAGCAGCCCGUGCAGAUAAACUCAAACCUUGGCACAAGGCCCUCUUCUACUGUGGGAUGGCUCUGUUUCCCGUAUUCUUGAGUUUCUCCUUUACAACCUUGUUUGGAAACGGCAUCGCCUUCGCUACAGGAGUUCUGUACGGCCUCGCGUCUUUAGGCAAAAAGGGAGACGCAGUGACUUAUGCCAGACUGCAGCAUCAGAAACAGGGAGAUGAAGAGAGGAUGACAGAAACGGCAAACGGGGCUCCGGAGUGAAGUGUCUGCCUUCCCGACCCUCCCGUUCCUCUCUUUUCUUCAGUUCUUACCAUCCAUCCUACCUCUUCCUCCAUGCUCCUCUCCUCAUUCCCUUUUCUGUCACUACAUAAUUAUGGAGUUUAUUUAUUUACUUAAUCCGCUGCAUUCUUGUUGUCCUGACCUGAGAGUAUCCAAACAGA